AUGAAUGUUACCGGUGCUAGCUUCCCUUUCGAGGCAGUGAACCUCAUUCAACACAUCGCCAAAAGCCGUUUCAUUGCGUUUGAUUUUGAAUUCUCUGGCGUUGCUGGUAGGACUUCGGGUGGGGGCUCUGGCAAACUUAGCCUGCAGCAGAAUUAUGAUGAGAUUCGAUCCGCUGCUCAAAUCUAUCAGAUCUUGCAAGUUGGUGUGACCGUGGUCACUGAAGACCUCGAGAAGGGCCGUUAUUCUGUGCGGCCAUAUAAUUUCAAUCUGAGCCCUUUGCCUGCCUUGAAAGAGUCGACCUUGCGACGGACAUGGUCCUAUAACAGCGGUGCCAUAUCGUUCUUGAUGCGAAAUGGCUUCAAUAUGGAAACACCUUUUACGCAGGGAGUUCACUACCUUUCACGACAAGAAGAACAGGAAGUCCGAAGCAAACUAGCCGAAGACGACAAGAAAAGAUCAAAAAUUCCUGACAUGGUUCUCAAAGAUGACGAUACCUUGUUUGUCGAUUACAUCAAGAAGUCGAUCAAUGAUUGGCAGGCAGCUUCCAGGGACGACCAAGAGAGCUUUCUCAACAUCCCAGCCGAAGAUGUCAAGGAUCCCCUCCCGACUACACUUAAUCGAUAUCAAGUCCGUCUUACACACCAAGUUGUGAGGAACGAAUACCCCAAGCUCAAAACCCACGGCAUGGGCCAUUUCGUACAAGUGACAAAUCCAACUGCCGAACAACAGGCAAACCAAGAGGAAACCAAGGCACGAAAUCGUGAGCGCGAAGUUAGCCUUGCCAUUGGAUUCCGGUGGAUCUUGGAAGCCAUAAUGGGAGGUGACAUAUCUGGGCUACCCCAUUACUAUGUUCGAUCUGCUUUUGAAGAGGGCAAAGAACCAGGGGACUGUGAUGCAUUCAUUCGGGAUCUCCAAGCUCAGCUUGGAACUCAAACUCGAGCAAUUGUGGGUCACAAUUGCUUGACUGAUAUCGUCAACAUGUAUCGAUGCUUCUUUGGAGAUCUUCCGGAAAAGGUGGAGGACUUUGCAAGCAAAUUUCACGCACUGUUCCCACUCGUCCUCGACACCAAAUAUCUCGCUACUUUAGGAAGUGCAACGUGGUCGAACACUUCGUUACGGGCCGUUGAGGAGGAGCUCAACAACGAGGCUAAACCGUCAAUCCACCUCCCAACUGGCUUUGACCGGUACCUGUUCGCUGCCAACUAUCACGAAGCUGGGUUUGACAGUUUCGUUACCGCUAAAAUCGGUCUCAAACUGCCUGCGAAGCUGAAAAGAGAGGGUAAAGAUAUCAAAAUGCUAGCCGAGCAUGCAAAAUUUGUAGCCGAGACAACAGAUCCGGUGAAAGAGGAAACUUCUAACAACGAGGUGGCACAGAAACUACCAGGACAGGAGGUCAGUGUUCCGGGCAUCACGCAAGUGUUGGGAGCAGCAGGCAUCGCUCCUGUGAGCAAAGUCACAUCUUUACUCACGGCUCAAACCUCUGUCACAGGGGAGGUGAUGGAGAAAGCAAACACACCACAGGAAACGAAUGUAAGCACAGACAUCAGCAAAGUCAAGCACAAUGAUACUGUGCUUGCCGUCAAAGCAGUUCCAUCACUUUCAUCGCAGACAACGAAGGCAGAAGUUCAAAAAUUGAAGUCCAUAUCACAAAAGACCAACAUUUUUGAUAUGCUUGAGGAUGAUCCACAUGAGUCAACCCAUACCCUGACUGCAGCAGAAGAGAAAGAAAUUGAGAAGAAAAGAAUUGCGCAGAUGGUAGAGAAAGGAGAACUGCUUCCAAGAUGGGAGGAGGAUGGUGCCCUGUGGAAAUUGAUUGGCAACAAGCUGCAGGCGAAUGCCACUCAGGAGGGAGUUUUGGAUCUGGGACAGGAACCAGAAAGAAUCUGA